CAAGUUACUUUCUUGGCUGUAGUAAAUCUGUCCGAAAAGAAAUCCAAAUCCAAAGCAUGUUGCACAUAAGCAGGCUUUGGGGAAUAUCGUGUAUAUGUAUCAUGUGCUCCCUGAUUAUAUGUAACUUUUUGUGAUAAUUGUUUAUCAUUUGCCAAUCAAUCUGAAAUAAUGGAUAUAAUUAUGCCUGUAUGUCUAUUUAUUAUUUUUCAAAAUGGACGAGUAAAAUCGAAUUUCUGAAAAUGCAAAUAAAAGAUUUAAGUUGAACAAUAACGGAACUUAAUAAAGAAAAUAUAAUUUAUUGGAUAGCCACUGUUUGGGUUUAUUUAUCGGCACCUUCCUUAUCUCCUGCGUAUAGGUCAGUACAUACACUUCGGUCAAACAGAGGUGGGGAACGUGUCAACAUAUUCAAAUUAGCGUUAAAAAAACUGUUAUUCGUUUUAAGCAAUGUCACUGAAAGAAAAGGAACAGAGAAAGGAUGAAAAAAUACGGUCCCACUCCCCCCCACCCCCACCCCAAAAAAGGGUGCUAAUUUGCAGGCACGGACGCUUGCGAUUGGUCAUUGGCUGGUCAGAUGGUAUGGUAUUCCUCUGUCCCGCACUGGCACAUAGCCACCCAGCAACCCCCCCCCUCACCUAAAACCCAAUCUCCGAUAAACUACUAAUAGCUAAACCGCUUGGACUAUAAAACACAACAAAUCAUAAACCAAGGAAAAGAACCGUGCCCUACCAAUGAGUUCCUAUUUUGUAAACUCCACGUUCCCGGUGACUCUGCCUGGAGGACAGGAGUCAUUCUUGGGACAGAUACCCUUAUACUCCUCCGGAUACACAGACCCUUUACGACACUAUCCCGGUGCUGCAUAUGGAACUAGCAGUGUCCAGGAGAAAGCAUACCACUCUUCCUUUUACCAGCAGACCAACGGUGCCUACGGCAGGGCGAACACCAUCGGUUCCUGCGAUUACGCAGCAGCAAGCUUCUGCAGGGAAAAAGACAACGCCUGUGCCCUCUCUAGCUUAGAAGAACACUCUCUUGUCCACGGUCAGGAGCACCGGAAAACAGAUUGCACAGAAUCGCUUGGGAAAAGCAUCUACGAGGGCGACGAACAGAAGCCGGCGGUGCCAGUGUACCCAUGGAUGCAAAGAAUGAACUCGUGCAAUGGGACCUUCAGUAACCCUGGUCGGAGGGGUCGUCAGACAUACACCCGUUACCAGACGUUGGAGUUGGAGAAAGAGUUUCAUUUUAACAGGUAUCUUACCCGCAGGCGCCGUAUUGAGAUUGCGCACGCUCUAUGCCUGACGGAACGCCAGAUCAAGAUUUGGUUCCAAAACCGACGGAUGAAGUGGAAAAAGGAGAACAAAUUAAUCAACUCAUCACAAACCAGUGGCGAGGAGAAAGACGAGAAGAGGACAGAAUGAAAUUAUGGCAAUGAGCAGACACCUCAAUAACUCAUCAGAAGGAAAAACUCUCCAUGUGCAUACAUUUGCUUCGGUGAAGUUGUAUUGGUAAAUUCGUUGUAGCAUUCCACUUAUACAUUUCAUGUUAUAUUAUGUCUAACUCUUACAUGAUGUCUCUAAUUAAUGUCUUUUUUAUGUGCAAAUUAUGAUUUAGGUUUUGUUCUUACAUCUAAAACUGAUAUGUUUAAUACAUGUAUUUUAAAUGUUAUAUUCGUACUCAUAUUUAAGCUGUAAAAAAUAAAAUAAAAUGAAACGAAAUGACGCAUUUUAGUUAGGGUGAUUAAAUGUGUGAGGUGUUUACUGAAUUUAUGAAAAAUAUAGGACUGAAGCUUUCUUUAAAAAAACAACAACAACAAGUCGGGUUCAAGUUUAUAGUCUAUUGAUUUUGUAUGUGGAUUCCAAUUGUUGUAAUAUUUAUCAGGAGAAACGAUUAAAUAAAGCGAGAAAACAUUCCACCUGACAGACCUUGUUUGGUGAAAAUUUUUUUUUGAAGUAAAAACGACCAUUUCUGAGCCACAUAGCAUAUAAAAGAUCAUUUCCUUCAAAUGUAUUGAACCAAUAUACCACUAUUUUUGCCACGUUGCCAAACAAUUCUGUUAAAAUUGGAAAGCACAACGCGGUGCUUAUUUCUUCUUCAUAAAAUAUCUGUACGUAUGUGUUUAGAAAACACCAGAUUGUACAAAAACGUUAAAUUGGGCGCUACCUAAGAGCAGACAAUGUAGCCAUGUUGUAUAAUUGCUCCAGCUUCAGGCUUCAAUAGGGAACAGGUACACCGAAAUUUCCUGUCAAUCAAAAAUCCAGUUUCCCUUUUACACACUGAAAGUCACGCCGGCCCAGAGUUCAGCGCCAAAAUACUCCAUACGAAGUGAAAGGAAAGGGUUCAGUGAUUUUUAACUGAUGGCCGAAGGAGAAAGCUGACCUGUUCAUACCGUGCACUCACCAAGAGAGGGUCAAACGGUUAGGAGACUGACCUUCUCGGUAGCCAGAAUGUUUUCUAAGGUAAAAGACAAUAUAAUUUUCAAAAGCGCGUCAUGUACAGACUGUCUAACAGCACGAGAUAAUAUGAACAAUGCAGUUAUUUCUUACACAUGUUAUGCAUAUCUUGCUAUACAAAAAAGUGGUUGAUAUAAUGGAACUCAUGCGGACACAUUUACUGGCCUAGAAUCAAUAGAUUCUUCCCUUCCAAAAAUCUAUUUAAAAAAUGUUCGAAGUUGGAUUGCUGAUAUCUGCUUAACCUAUUUUAUUUCUAUUAUUGUUUAAGGCUAAUACCUAAGCUUCAUUAAAUAUUAUUUAGAAUAUUUUAACCACAGUUUUCCGGUUUAAAUGUAAGCAAAAAAACGUAUGGCACAAUGGUGAAUUGCACAUCAUGAUGCACAUACAUGAAAUAACUUGUGCUUUUGUGUCAACAAACCAUAUAUCAGCUCAGGUCAUCUAUCACAAUCCUACAUUCCUUAUGGCUUACUGAGAACUUACUCUUCUUGGUUUGAAAGAUGAGUAAGUUACUAUUUUCAUGCAAUCCAAGAAGCAUGAAAAUAAAUUUAAAUAACCUAUUUUCAUCAAGCAUUA